UUCUUUAAUUCCUAAGUUAUGAGUACUUGGUAGCAAUUUUCAACUGUGCUUUUGAAGCUGACACUCUUUCUUUCUUGUAGGGACAUCUGUAAAACUCUCUCUCUACUCUCUGUACAUGGCUACUCAAAGCUUCAACCAGUUCCCAUCUUACCCUGAGAUGAUUUAUGAAGCCCUUGAUGCACUAAAUCAAGAAGGGGGUUCAAACAAGUCAUCAAUAAUCAAGCACAUUGAAACAAAGUAUGGAGAUCUGAAUGAGGAGCUUUCAAAGAUGCUACCUUUACAUUUGGACAACAUGAAGCAAAAUGGAGACCUGAUUUUCCUCAAGAACAAUUAUAUCAAACCUGGUCCAGAUGUUCCAGCAAAGAGGGGUCGUGGAAGGCCACCAAAACCCAAAGCUCCAUUGCCACCUGGUGCAGUGGAAUCUGUUGAAUCUGCACCACCAAGGCCAAGAGGGCGCCCAAGAAAAGACCCCAAUGCACCACCUACUUCCAAGAAGCCAAAGCCAGCACCUGUUGCUGGAGGUCCCAAUUCAACAGAUCUUGGUUCUACAACAGGGAGGCCUAGGGGUAGGCCUAGGAAAGUUAGGCCACAGCCUGCUCAUGAUGAUGAUGAUGAUGAUGAUGUUGAGGAAAGCUGAAAAAUUGAAGGCUUGUUAUUGGACUCUUGCUGAUGGUGAUGACUGUAAUGACUUAGUUGUUUCCUCUUUUUUUUAGGUAUUAGUAGUAUUAUCUUCUGUAAUAGUUUCGGUAAGAAUUGUCGUAUUGUUACUAGGGAGUCAUGGUUUCAAAGCUCUAGAAAUAGUCUUUUCUUGCAGAAAUGCAAGUUAAGACUACGUAGAAUAAGACUAAUUGUGGUCUCGGUUGGAUUUGUUGUGGUAUGACUAAGGGGUCAUGGUUUUGAAGCUCUGCAAAUAGUCUCUUGCAGAAACAUAAAACUAAUACAGUGUGCAAUAGACUAAUUGUGGUCCGGUUCUUUUUUGAACCCCGCACAUAGUGUUAGUUUAUUGGACCGGUCUUUUAAUUAGUAUUUUCUUCUUGGUUAAUGCCCCUAUUAGUUCUAGUAGAUGUGCUUAUAGGUUGGGGAAUUGUGUACUUGUGUUAACUCUUUAGUCUGUAAUCCUUGUCAUAUGUAAUUGUUGCACUUUUCACUCUG